UCCUGCUCCUCCUCCUCCACGCGAGACACCUCCUUCACGCGCUGGUGCAACACGCGGGCGUUCAGGCCGAAUAGCGGAAACCGAGCCCACGAAACCGAGCGACAGCGCGAUCUCGGCGGCAGCCACAUUCAAUGCGCGAACACGCUGUACCAGGAAGAUCCGAUGCCGAGAACAAAGAAUAACGACGCCACGGCAGACGCAAUAAUCCAUAGGCAAGGAGAACCAAUGCUCCAGAAAGACAGCGAUCCAACCAGCACAGACUGAUAUCAGGCAAAAUUAGCGGCCCUCGCCAGGGUCGUGUGGCAGGCCCCGCGGAGUCCACAGAAACUGCAUACCCUCCUGCUCUAUGACGGCGUCGGGAACGGCCGGCCUGCGUCUCGGCGAAGGUGCCCUCGGGGAUGCUCUCUGGUACCUCAUUCUCGUUGGACGCCUCCACGUCGGCCUCCUGCGACCCAGCAUCGGCCGCACUCGCCUCCACCUCACCCGUGUCCCUCGCGAAGCACAGCAGCCCACCAGCCUGGUCCCCGUACGCCCCGGACAAGGAACCCGAAGCCGCGACCGAACCCUCGUUGGACAAAAACAUGGCGAAGCGAACAGGAGGAAAAGACGACCGCGCUACAAGCGCACAUGACACCCACGACGGGACCGAGCGGCACCCAGUGGCCAGCUCCAGGAAUGAAUACUGGACUGUCCGCCUUCAGCACAGCGCCCGAGGCUCUAGCUCGACCUUUUCGUUGGAACCUAUUCAGCUCGCUGCGCGAAUCGCCAGCGAUAACCUGGGCAGGCGUGCCGAAGUCGUGCGAUACCAAAUUCCUGCGAACACGCGCCUCGCCAUCGACUCGGACACCAGCCAAGCCAGCAGCGAGCACCGGCAAGAUGAGUUGCACCCGACGCCUGAGCUCCUCCGCGGCGCCGUCGAACUCCGCGCUACUUGCCUCCAACUCGAGGGCCGCUCAAUGCCCGUGGGCCAUAGCCAGCUUGGUGUUCAGCUGCACCACUUUAGCGCGAGCCGAAAACAGACCGAGACCAGCAGCUUCGCAAGCCCGCCUCCGCGCGGCAGAGCGCUGCGCCCUGGAGCGACGAAGAACUUCAGGAUCACCUGCAGCGGCGACCCCGCCCGUACCAUCUUUAAGACCACGAACAGACAAGCGGCCAGCUCCAGUAGCUCCAGCCGGGGGAAACAUCGCCAUGCCAGCUUGAGCACUGGGGCUGUCGCACGCUGCUGUGC